AUGUUCGGUAUUCUGACAGCCGUAGUCCAUUUCCUUGCUUUCUCGUCCUUGGCAUACUCUGGUUCUGUUCCUGAGGGAGGGUCCUGUUCAACCGACAACUAUCACGUUGACUCCACAACCAAGAAAUUUAUAACAGACUGCGACGACAAGACAUUCUGCUCAGGCUCGGUCAAUGGUACAUGCACUCUGAAGAAAUGCCGCAGGGACGAAUUCCCGUUCGGAUAUAAUCUUGGGGACUCGCUCGCGCCUUUGUGCUCCCCGGGCAGUUUCUGUCCCGACGAUGGGAGCGGAUGCCAGCCUCUGCUGGAUGCCGGCAAAAAAUGCGAUUUGAACCGGGACGAGCAAUGCAAGCAACCACCGAACUGGGACAAACUUGCCAGCUAUCUGAACUCCAACGGCUCUCUAUGCCUGGAAUCGGUUUGCAGGUACGUUCCGCUCCAUCUUCCAUCCAAUACAUUAAUUUUUGAUCGAGGCAGGUAUGCGAACGCCACUCUCGGGCAGCGAUGCAUUCUCGACAAUACAACCUACAUCGAUCCAGGACCCAACGGCAAGCAAAUCAGCCGAACGAUAUUUCGCGACAACUGUAGAACCCCAGCCUUGUUCUGUGACCAGACAUACCUGCAGUGCCUUCCUGCGAAACCGCUCGGGUUUCCGUGCUUCCGGGAUCAGGAAUGCUUGACAUUCAACUGCGAUGAGGAGAUUUGCGUUGAGCCUCCGGAGACGCCGCUCCGCGUGAACCCGUGGCAAACCGCUGUAACGACGGUCUGCAUCUUGUUAGCCAUGAGCGCAACGUGUACCACGCUUGUCCUCGUGCAUAAGCGGCAGAAGAUGGUGCAUUAUCGGGAGCUGAGGGAAUACUACCACGAACAACUCAGGUUAGUCUCCGUCUCCUUGCGGCGUUGA